GCUAACAAAAUUCGUAUCCAGGUAAGCAUGCUGUUAAUCUUUGAGUAGAUUCACCAGUAUUCAUACGAAGCGUCAAGCCUCUAGAGAAGUUUCUGCGUUACAUCCGGAAUGCGUUCGUAAUUCAGAGAAUCCCAUUGAAACGCAAGCAUCUACUAUUGUUCUCUCUCACGGUGAUGUUUCCGCAGUUUCAGAAGAUCCGCAAUUGGCGAACUUGGCGUCUUUCACAAUCGACGUCCCCCACCCCCCACCCUCCUCCGUUUCCAGGGAUCAAAGGACCAUCGGUGGUAACUACUUCAACUACCGUUGUUGAGCCUGUCCUAGAUCUCCCAUACAACUGGAUCGAACAGUUUGCCAUUGUUUAAGAUUAUUAUGAUAAGCUCCACAAUAAGAGAGAUUCACGGCGAAUCGUAACUAGACCGCGGUUAUUUACGCAUUUAUGACAAGCAUAAAUACAUGAAAAUAUACAAUAAUGUAUACGAAGAUGUACUUUAAUUUCAGUUUCUGUUUUUCUGUUAAUGCACAUACUGUCUACACGGAGACAUACCGUCUAAGUAGGUUUGGAGUAGUUUUUGAUAGUUUUUGACAAACCCCUUGACCCCUUUGUUUCUACAAAUAAGGAAGUGUCCACAGAUUUAGUUCUAAGCGGGAGUGUACACACUGCACGUCAAAAACAAGUACAUGUAUACUGUCUUCCAUGAAUUCGAAAUGUCUCUGAAACGAACAAGCAUGUGUCGAUAGCUGAAGAGGGCAUCUGUUGCAUUUCGCAUCGUCCGAAGGACAUAGAGUCCGGCUUCUUCCAUGGUCGCAACAAUUUGUUCCAUUUUGUUGACACCAUCGCCGGUAUCGGUCUCAAUUUUUCUCAACGGCCGCGAACGCGAAGACGAACGGAUUUUCCUGUUCGAAGGGUUAAUCCGGUAUCGGGGAUUACGUGUCCUCGGUCGAGGGUGUCCGGGCGUGGGAUUCACGUCGAGCCCUGCGCAUAGAACGCGUGGCUGGAAGUCGCGAGGGAACGCGGAACCGUUACGGUAAUCGCAGCCUCAGUCUCCGCGCGACACUUACCCGGGACGAGUCGCGUUCCUUGCUCGUCUGCAAGCGCGUUCCACGUUCGGAACCGUGAAAAACCGAGGGGGAAUCAUCGUUAAAAGAUUAAUCAUGUCUUUCGUCCAGCCAGACGGACAACAAUGGAUGGAUUCCCUCGACUCUCUUUGAGAUUUCAGGACUCGACCGAUCGCUGAAAGUUUGGCAGUAGGAGAGCUGUGAUAUAUCUGAAAGUAUCUGUUAAAUAAUUGAUACAUGCCUGACGAUUGUAAUUGACUUCCUCGGAUGAAACGUUGGCUCCGAGUCGCGAGGAGAACGAGAGAGGAACCUGAUACCUUUGUCAGAUCUUGGACGAUUCAUUUCUUCGAGUUCGAAGAAAGCUAAACUAAUUGUCACUUGGUUUAUUCGAAGAAUUCCAUUCGUUCAUUGGGAACGAGUUUGUCUAUGACGCAUAGCUUCGAUGGAAAGACAGCGAUGGUUGCUUCGCGACGACAAUUUGCCUUAAUGCGCCGACUAGUAGAAGCAAACUUUUCCUAACUGAACGUGUCUCGAUCGGUUAAAUCGGUUAAGUCAGGUAAAUCGUGGCAAGAGACGGGGAUCGCGACUCGUGAACAAGUGCGCCGAAUGGAAGACUGAGUUCGUCGGUCGUUUAGGCCUAAUUGCGAGGCUGCCGCACUAGUCGUGCAAUUGGACACUUUGUUCCAAGUGGGGUCGAGGCGGUGAAAGACUCCCGGUGAACGAUUCAUUCUCGGUCUGUGACGUACGACUCUACUUUAAUUUUCGUGCACGCGUAACGUUUCCACUCUGUUAGUCAAAGGAAGGGAAUUUCGUUAGGGACCGCAAAGUCGAAGGAAAGUUUCGACGCCCUCCCUGGAACUCAUUUUUCACUCGUUUCUAACGAUUUACCUCGUGGAAGGUUUUUCAAAUAUCGAGCAUCGAACUCUUUAAUCGUGAUAUAGCAUGUUAAUUCGAUCGCCCAAGGGACUUAUUUGAAUUUUUGCUAUCGCAAAGGUGGCUCGCGAACGAGUCCAUUAAAGCGAUCUAAGACAGGCCGACAAAAGGCAGACUUCGAUAAAGACUGAUAGUGCGGUUAAACGCGACUAGGGGCGGGUGGGGGGUGGGGGGUGGAAUAGAAAAGCGGUUUCGAGGGAAUCGACUGUUUGAGCGAUCAGCGAUGCUGUUGAAAGCGAGUGCGAGUGGUCACGUGGAUCCUGUUAGAAAAUUGAUCAACUAUUAUAUUCGCGCCUCUGGUGGAAAAGUCACCACGACGCCGACGAGGGCUUGAAGAAGCUGCAAACUGACGAGAAUGAGAUUCGUGUCAAGAUCAAGUGUAAAGCGAGGGGGAGCAUGAAGUAGCGGACCACGGUGUUUCGUUGCCCAGAAGGGCUCUAAACCAGCGCGAGAAAGAGGGACGUACCAUACCAACAUGGAGAAAUACGGCGUGGAAUUCCCGAAGCACGAAUGGAGCCACAGACUCAGUCUUCGUGCCAGUCGAAGGAGCCAUCAGGGCGAGGUAGCUGGCAGGUCGGUAACCGGAUCCGUGAAAAGUACCAGAAGAUGGGCCAGCUUAAGACAACACGUGAGCAACAACGAUCGCGGCAAAGCCAGAGUCGAGUUGCUCCUGGAUCCUCCAGAGUCCUCGGCUCCUUCCUCUCAACCUCAUACACCGAAUACGCCACGUACCCCUCAUACCCCGCUGAGGAAGUCCAAUUGGGAGGUGAUCGAGCACUUCACCGGUGCACCGCGUCCCUCCAUUAUCACGAUGAACAGAGGCUCGGAAGUUGGGGUUGGUCUCGCAACAGGAAGGGAAACGACGCAAGAAGCCACCGUGAACACGUCGAUAACGCAACGACCGAGGAAAUGUGCUCUGUGCCGGUUUUUGAACUCGCUCUGCGCUUCGCACCGCUUCAAAAACUUGCAGGUGGAGAUGCUAUACCAACGUUACUUCCUACGAAUGAAUCAGAGCAACACGAUACACGUACUCGGCCUACUAGCUGGUCUGGCGCUAGCUUUGUGCCUGCUGUUAAUUUCGAGACUGAUUCUGGAGAACAAUGAGCAGUUUCUAGUCAUGCUCGAAAGACCUGAGAAUCUGUUCCUGGCUGUCACGAUAGUUAUCUCCAUAGCGGUUUAUGCUGUUUUGGUGGUGGCGAUAUCUAGACCAGGCAUGAACGAAAUUUGGCUGGCCGGUGUCAGCGGGAUCGUUCUGGUGACGUUACUGGCGCUUCAAGUAGCGCUCAACGUUCAUCUAGCUCUGGGUUCAAAGGAGCAUAGAAGCGGUGGUCCUCUCGCUGCUGCUUGGGCCGUUUGCUUCUUCAUUUACAUGGCCUACGCUCUACUACCAAUCCGACUGCGUCACGCCUGCAUAGCCGGCGUUGUUUUUUCACUGGCACAUCUUAUCGGCGCGUACACCCUCUACCCAUCGCAUUACCCGGCCAUGAUGGAACACUUGCUGAGUUCCAUCGUUGUGGUAGGUGGAACAAAUAUGGCGGGUGUGCUAACACAUCAUCCCCGUGAGCUGGCGCAAAGGCAAGCGUUUCUUGAAACCAGACAAUGCGUCGAGGCGCGGCUGACUACGCAGCGGGAAAAUCAACAACAGGAACGGCUGCUAUUGAGCGUGUUGCCGAGACACGUAGCCAUGGAGAUGAAAGCCGUGAUCGCUGGAAAACCAAAGGAUACCAUGUUUCACAAAAUUUGCAUUCAAAGGCACGAGAAUGUCAGCAUCCUGUUUGCGGACAUUUGCGGAUUCACGUUGCUUUCGGAUCAAUGUACAGCCGAGGAGGUCGUCAGAUUGCUGAACAAGUUGUUUGCGUGGUUCGAUACGCUGGCUGCUGAACACCAUUGUCUCCGAAUCAAAUUGCUGGGGGAUUGUUACUAUUGCGUUUCUGGAUUGCCGGAGGCCAGGUCGGAUCACGCUCGUUGCUGCGUGGAAAUGGGCUUGGAUAUGAUCAGCGCUAUCACAUUGUACCGAGAGGUGGGUGCAGUGAACGUAAACAUGAGAGUGGGUAUUCACACUGGCAGAGUUCACUGCGGUGUACUCGGGCUCCGAAAAUGGCAGUUCGAUGUUUGGAGCAACGAUGUUACCCUGGCGAAUCACAUGGAAAGCGGCGGAAUACCGGGACGAGUUCACAUCACGAAAGAGACGUUGGAUUGCCUGGGCGGUUACUACGAGGUGGAGGAGGGAAACGGAGGCGAAAGGAACGCGUACCUCAAGGAGCACAAUAUCAAAACGUACCUGAUCGUCCCUGGGGACGCGUUUAAGGGCAGUAUACCCUCGUCGGGGCUGAGAAAGGGUUUACCAGCGAACGGGAACGUGUCCAAGGAGAUGAGGAUGAUGGGACACGGAUCGCAACACGGCAAACAAACCAAGCUUGGCUUCGGAGAAGCAACCGAGAGCAAAAAGGAUCCAGAAGACGAAGUGAACGAAUACUUGAUGCGUGCUAUAGACGCCAGGAGCAUAGAUAGGUUAAGGGCAGAAUAUUGUACGCCUUUUAUCCUAACAUUUCGCAUUUCCGACGUCGAGGAAAAGUAUUCCCGCGAAAGGGACAAAAUGCUAUCCGCAUACUUUGUGUGUUCCGGUUUCGUCUACAUGGUGGUCGUGAUUGCUAUAGUAAUCACUCUGUACGGGAGCAUAUACUUCUAUACGUGCAUAGCAGUGAGCACGCUGUUGAUCGGCUUGAUUAACGGGAUCUUGUUGGCGGAAAAAAAUCCGAAAGUACCAAAGUUUCUUCGAGAUACCGCAGUACACAUUUUCGAAAAUCGCGGUGUUGCGCAAGCACUGGCCACGUGCGUAGUGUUUUUGACUUUCAUCACAGCACUGAGCCCUCUGAUCACGCUGGAGGGUGUUCGUGUCUGCAGCAACGCUACAGUCAUCACAGAACGGCUCAACAAUUCCAGCAUAACGUUCCAGACCAUCGACACGCCUGACGAUGUUUGCUACUACACCGUCUUUGCUGACCUUUUCCCGGUGCUUGUGAUGCUGGUGAUGAUAACAUGCGCGGUAUAUCAGAUCCUGACAUCGGUGUUCAAAGUGGUGAUAUUGAGUAUGGUGGUGGCUUGCUACCUAGCUAUCAGUAUUUACGAGGCUCUGUACGAGAGGCAAGUUGAACUGACUGGAAGAUGGCUGUCUGGCGUUUUGGUAGUUUUCUUUAUGGCCUGCUUGGUCGCGCACUCGCAACACACUGAGGCAACUUACAGACUGGAUUUUUUGUGGAAGCUCCAAGCAACGGAGGAGAAGGAGGAAAUGGAGCACCUGAAGGCCUACAAUCAGAAGCUGUUGGCGAACAUACUUCCGGAGCAUGUGGCGGCACAUUUUUUAUCGACUGCCAAUUCAGACGAGCUGUACCACGAGCAGUGCGACUUUGUUUGCAUAAUGUUCGCCUCUAUACCGAACUUUUCCGAGUUUUACGUGGAACUCGAGGCGAAUAACGAAGGCAAGGAGUGUCUCAGGCUUCUCAACGAGAUUAUCGCCGAUUUCGACGAGUUGCUCGCCGAGGAGCAGUACAAGUACAUCGAGAAAAUCAAGAGCACAGGCGCCACAUAUAUGGCUGCAUCCGGUCUGACGAAGAACACCUGCGACAUGAGAGAUUACAAGCACGUCACUGCUAUGACCGACUACGCACUCAGGAUACGCGAACAACUGGCUUUCAUUAAUGAACACAGCUUCAACAACUUCCGGUUACGUGUGGGCAUCAAUAUCGGACCGGUCGUUGCCGGAGUAAUAGGAGCUAGAAAGCCGCAGUACGACAUUUGGGGUAAUGCGGUUAACGUGGCCUCGAGAAUGGAGUCAACGGGAGUGUUGGACGCUAUUCAAGUUACCCAGGAGGUUCGUGAUAUUCUAGUCGUAAAGGGAUAUCCGUUAACCUGCCGUGGCAGCAUUCAGGUCAAAGGCAAGGGCAGUAUGGUGACGUACUUCCUGGACGGGCCUCGAGACUCGUCGAAACUUGGAAGCAACCUCGAUGCGAAAACAAACUCUAACAAUAACGUCAACGUAGACAGGCCUGUAACCUCGAACAACAGUACCGUUUGAGGCGUGUUCUCGAGAAAUUCGAGGAAUCGUGGCGCAAAAGGAAACGCGUACGUUCUCGUUUGAUCGUACGACACGAGCCUAACAGAAUUAUAUUUAUAUUACAAGAGAAACAAAGAAAUAUUGUCAUAUUUUUGAAAGCAGUCCCGAUUUCACAAUCAAAAUCCGCCUAGUAUCAAACACUAAACAGUAAUUUAAUGACAAACCGAACAUUUAACCGUGACAACUCGUCAAACCUCAAGCUAUUUAAAUUAUUCCAUUUCUCAUUUUUCUCUCUCAUUUUCCUCAAUGAUUCGUUCUUUCAAACAUUUCUGUUACACGCCGAUUUUAUUUCAAUUUCGAACGCAGCCAGACCAUCGAAAAAUAUUGGACACGUAUUUCUUUUUAUAUCGACUGAUAAUAUCUCUCCUAAGACUGUCAGCUUCUAACACGUUCUAUUCUAUCAGAUAAAAAGUACAAAUAUUUUAACGAGUUAAUUACGUUUUAUGCACGGCGAUGCAUAUGAAAUGUCCGAUUUUCUAAACAACAUUCAAACACAUGUGUUUUUCUUACAAAUUUACUUCAUUCAUCGAAAUAACCAUCGACUUAAAUCGUAAUCACUACUCGUUUUUAUUUCUUACGAAUUCUUCUACUUAUCUAAUUAGUCUUUCCGAACACCUUUCAUUUCAAUCGAUUAAUACUACAACUAUGAAGCCAGUCAAUUUCAAUCCAUCCAUUUCAAAGUAUUAACAAAAUUACUACAUUAUUACUACAUUAUUCUUGGUAAUUCCAUGGAAUUAUCUAGUAAUUACGAUCUGACGGUAAUGCAUAACUAGAACUACAACUAAAAUGAUAAUUCAAGUGGUUGCUUGGUGAGAAAAAGAAAAAGAAAAAAAAAAGAAACAAUAAUAAUAAAAUAAUGAAAUUCUGAAAUUUCUUUUUCAAAGU